CCGGCUUAAACCCCAACAUUCCCCCGCCCCCGCCUCCGCCUGCCUCCAAGAAACCCAAUCCCACCACCACCUGCGGCUGCUCCGGGAUCGAGGUGCGCGGCGGCGAUGGCGAUCGAGAAGAAGGGGAUGUCGGCGUACGAGGCGGAGCGGGAGAGGACGGUGGAGGAGAACAAGCGCAAGAUGGAGGCGCUCAACCUGCGCCACCUCUCCGCCGCCGUCGCCACCUACGCACCCAAGACCCCCUCCCCCAUGAAGCACAAGAGGCGCAGGGUCAUCGAAGCCGCGACCCCCGUCCCGUCGCCGCCGAGGAGGUCCCGCCGGCUCGCCCACCUCCCCGAGGUCAAGUACGCCGACGCCUGCGCGGAGGUGGGAGAAGAUAGUGAGAGAGUGGGAAGGUGGUCUCCUAGAAGGCGAAGUGGCAGCAUCUACUUAGCAGGAGGUGGAGGUGGACCAAUUUCCAUGAAAGCUAGGAUGGAGGCAGCAAGCAAAGCUGAGGAGUUAGAAUCACAACUUGACCCUCAAUUUCCAUCCUUCAUGAAGCGGAUGCUACAUUCACAUGUGGUGCGAGGGUUCUGGUUGGGUCUCCCAAGCCAUUUCUGUGACACGUACCUGCCAAAGAAUGACUGCACUAUCACUUUGGUGGAUGAGAAAGAUGAGGAGUUCGAGUCCAAAUACCUUGCCUACAAGAAGGGGCUAAGUGGUGGCUGGGCUGGUUUUGCUCUGGAUCAUGUGAUUCGGGAUGGAGACUCGACGGUCUUUCAGCUGAUCAAGCCUACAACCUUCAAGGUGCAUAUCAUCCGAGCUGCUGUUGGUGAUGAUGACAACGAGGAAAUGGAGUGAGCAUACCUUGCAGCUUCACUGCUAAGAACUAACCUAUCGGUAGAUGGUACUAGUUAGGAGUCUGGUAUGGCUUAAGCUUUAUCUAUCUGGAUCGCCUGUGCUGCGGUUAUGCAUUUUGUUGGUAUGUCCAACAGUGGCUUACAAGAUGGCAAGUAGGAUUUGGGGCGUGGUGUAGGCUUUUGUGUAUCAGGAUUACCCGCGCAGCUAUGUAAUAUGUUUCCGUGUCCAGCAGUACUGAUAAUGAGAUCAGAUGGCAAGUAAUCAGCUAAUUGUGUGUCUGUCUGCUACUA